AUGGUAUUGCCCCAGGUAUCCUCCUUCUUCAACACCGCGCGCGACGUUGACCCGCCCAAUGCUCAGCAAGGAGUUGGCCUCGAUUCCAUCACGCUCGGCCAACUCAAGGCCAUGGUCGGGUCCGCACCAAAGCCCAAGCAAUCUUAUUACGACUUUCGUUACGACGACGAGGACCACGUUCUCAACGAAAUAGAGGAGUUCUAUUCAUACGUAGAGAUGCCACAGGUAGCGGAGAACCUCAAGGCAUGGGAAGGUUCCUUUCCUGGAGAGUGGACCACCAGCUCGUUCGCACAGCGCAAGGCGCACGUUCAGGUCUUGCUGGAGAGCUUGGAGCAUCGCGACGCCGAGAUCCGUUUCACGAACGCGCGACGGGUAUUUUACGUCCUUCAAGGUACCUUUGCUGAGACCACCUCUCCGGAGGAUCAGCUGCACUGGAUCAUUGAGAACUGCAAGGUUGUCCGGGCCGCGAAUGGUUUGAGUAACAUCAUAGAGGCCAUCAAAAUCGCGAGCUCCAAGCAUGAUCUCCUCUGCAGCCUAUCGGAUGCCGAUGCGGCGCAUUUCAAUAUCUCUUCACAGGAGAAGGCUGACUUCAUGGAGGAGGUUACCACGGAGCUCUCCGUCUAUCUUGGGAUGUUGUAUCACAUGGUCGAAGUAUUCAAGGGACACGAUGACUUUGCUGAUGAACUAAUGAGCCUGGAACCGCCACUACCCGUUUAUCUAUUCAAUGUAGUCGCAGGCCUGCGGGACAAAAGCGCCAAGGGGUACCCUGUGAAGAAAUUGCUACUGGUCCUUUGGAAGACGAUUCUGACGUGUUGCGGCGGCAUCCGCGAGCUAGCGUCUGUGAAGAAGCUUACUCGAGAACUCGCAGGAUUGUCUCCAGUACCGGAAGAAGCGGUUCCGAUCAAGGCGUCUCCUAUUGACCUUGAAGUCUUCCGACAAGAGAUUUCUGUGAAGUAUCCGACCUUCAAUCCUAAGCCUGUCACCGUUCUUGCAUCGGCGCCUGUACCGACCUCCAAGCUGGCGCAAGCUUAUUCGCCCAUUCCGGUACGACACCACUAUGAACACGAUGGGGGUGACUCGCAGCACCAGGACCAAUCGCAUGGAAGCAUGUCGCAUACAUACAACGCCACCCAGCCUGGGUCGUCCUUUCGUGGAAUGCAGCCAGCCACACCAGCCCCUUCGCCGCCACCCUCCCCCAAGCCCAAGAAGCAGCAGUUCCAGACGGACCAAAACCGGCCCUUCCUCUUCCCGUUUUCUCGAACGCGCGUCGGCUACAAUGACUCGCGACUGGUGCCGUUCGCAAUCGACGAGGCAGACAAGUUAUAUGCGAAACACAUGUACGUCAGCCUGUCCUUGUGGCAGAUGUGGAAGACGCGCGAGGAGUGCAUGACCGUCGAGAGCGGUCUGGAAUACCUUCCUGGCGCCGGGCGACCUUCUGAGCCUAAGGUCCCGCCUAUCUCUCCGCAACAGGACGACGAGGGAGGCGAGUCAUUGCCCGACGUGGCUAUACUGGACGCCAAGAUUGCGGAGGCAGAGAAAGCGAUCGCGGAAGGGGAGACGGUCGCAGAGAAGCGCCGUGCAAUGGAACGCAAGGAGGACCUGAUGCGCCUGAAAAGGGUCGAGCAGAUCUAUAGCGCUGUGCUGCCCGUGCUGUCCGGAUGGGUGCUUGUGCUGCUCAAGCUACUCCUCGCAACCGUGUCGACCGCCAAUAGCACCGGUCCGCCACAUUCUGCGACAGGCACGGGAUAUCCACCUGGCGUUAUCUCUCCUCUCGAACAGGCACCUCCGAAACCUGCCACCCUCGACGAGACGGAUGUGACGCGGCAUCGUGAGAUCACUUCCAAAGCGGUCUCGGCCAUCUUACUAUUGACUCUGAAGUGGUUCAAGAUGUCUCAUGUGAUGAAGUUUCAUCACCUGGGGCAGCUGUUGCUUGAUACCAACUGCCUCCUGCUGAUACUGAAGAUUUUUGGACUUCAGGAAGUCUCCACUGCGGUCGUAUCAAAGGCAGACGCUCCGGAGCACAACUUCUUCCGCUAUUGCCAGACGCACUUCGCCCGGCGGUCAGAGUCCGGCGGCGUGUCGGACGACCAGAUGCAGCGCGCUUCGCGGCAGACCAUCGUGCGGACGACCAUCCUCCCCAACGGGCAGAAGCACGAGGAGGAGGUGGACCUAUUAACCGACUUCUCGUGGCGCAACUUCUUCUCUACGAUCAACUUUGCCAAGAUCAUGCAGAAGCUGUCCAAGCACCGGUCGCAUCGCAUACGCAUGCUCGUGCAAUACAAGAGCUCGGCGGUCCUGAAGCGGAUAUUGAAAGUGCAGCACCCAAUGCUGCAGCUGCAUGUCCUCAAGUUGAUCAAGAGUCAAGUUCCGUUCUGUGGUCGGAAGUGGCGGCAGUCCAACAUGCAGGUCAUCACGGCUAUCUACCUGAAUUGCAGGCCCGAUCUCCGAGAUGAAUGGUUGACUGGCAUCGAGGUGGACGACGUGUAUGACGCGCAGGCGCAAGAGCAAGCGUUGCGGCACCUCGUCAAGUUUUACAACAACAAGCGGUAUGGUGUUCAAUCCACUGUGCAGUCCAACGCCCACCGGCGUGCCGCGAGCAUCUCGCAUCACCUCGAGGGCCUCCAUCCCGGCCCUGAACUCUCGGGUAUGCUUCGCCCAGUCCAAACGCCGAAUACGGUCGAUGCAGAUGUCUUCCCGCCGCUCCGAGCGCAGACAACCGAGCCGUCCAUCUUCCUGCCGUAUGUGACGGAAGACAUCGCCUUCGAAGAAGAGUACGAGGAGUAUCUCCGCUGGUCGGAGAACUCCGACACGAGCUCGCAAGGCUCGUCCGCGUGGUCACGCUUGCCAGAGCUAAUGCAUGACAUCGCGGACGGCAUCAGCGACAGCGAGAGCAUCGUCUCGAUUGGCGAGCUCGGCGACGACGCGCGUCUAGAUCACACGAAGGAGGCUCGCGACGUCCCUGACGAGAAUGUGAACAACUGGGAGCAUAUGAGUCCGAAGACGAUGGCUGCGCUCGCCAAGUCGCCUUCUGCGCACGGCCGCAGAUCGAGUUCAGGGAGCGGAGGCCUCCGGCCUGUCUUGCCGUUGGACUUGAAUAGUGGCACGGCUCUGGAUGAUACGGACGACGACGAGGAAGAGCUCGGACCUAUGCCGAAGGAGCCUUCUGGUCCGUUCCAGUCUGGCGGCAGCGUUGAUGAGGUCGAAUAUGCAUACGGGUGA